AACAUGACUUACGUCCAACCUUGGUUUAGACGCAUUGCUGGCACAUGAGACAGCUGAUAAGUUCGCAGACUGAGCCGGAAACCAAAUGUACCUAAUUCAUGCCUUUUCCCACACAGUGCUGAUGGAUUCACCAAGAUACCACCAAAUGAAUCAAGACGGAGCAAAAUGCUGAGGAUCUCACAGCAAGAAGAAGAGGAUCUGAGGAGACUGAAGGAGGAGAAUCGUCCCGGUCCCAUUCAUCUGACUCCAGAGAGACUAGGUGGCGAGGUUUCAUUGGAAGAAGUCAGACAGAAACAGUGGGUGGAUGCACGCCAGUCAAAGAUUAAAAAAAAGGUCAAAAAGGAGGACAUGGAUCGAAUGAAAAGACAGGCAGAGGAAGAAAUGUAUGAGAAGAUGAAGACCAAACAGCGAGACGAGGCCAAUAAGCUAGAAAUGAGGAGAAAGCAAGAAGACGAAAGGAGAAAGCAGCAAUACCAACAAGACAAGCAAAAGAAAACCGAGGAGUUUCUUCAAAGAUUCGAGAGGUCCUCCAGUACCGUUUCCAUGGCAGCCAGCAAUUCCAUACCAGCAUCAUCCUGGGCUAAAUGUCAUGAGUACAGGGAAUCCAGAAGAGCAGAGGAGAAUUCAAGCCUGCUUAAAAAGCAAGAGGAGCAGAGAAGAAAGACAGAAAUCUUGGAGGAGAAGCAAAAGCAACAGGAGGAGGACAGGAAGAGACGGACUGAAGCUGACCAUCGGCGGGUGAACUCGGCCUUCCUUGACCGUCUGGAGGCGAGCGGUUCAGGUGUCAGAGUGUCUGAACCUGUGACCCAAACCUUUGAAAGCAGUAACGUCUGGGUGGAAGAGGAUGACGAACCACAGGAUACAGCUUUAUCCACAUCACCCAACCCAUCCCAGGUCCAUACAGACAGUGCAGAGGAGGAUGAUGGUGACCAUACAUGGACCGUGAUGAAACUUCAGAAUCGUUUUCCAUAUUACGAGCGAGAUAUGCUGGAAGACAUCGUCAUACAGUGUGAUGGCAAUUAUAAGAAAGCAUAUGAGCUGUUAAAUGUGUAAAUCAACACUUUUUUUGUCCAUUAAAAGGGAAUGUUCCCCUUGUUUUAUGGAAAUAGGCUCAAUUUACAACUCCUCUAGAGUUAAGCAGUGGAGUUUCACCAUUUUUGAAUCCAUUCAGAAGAUCUCUGGUUCUGGCGGGAGCACUUUUAGCUUAGCGUAGCAUAAAUCAUUGAAUCGGAUUAGACCGUUAGCAUUUUGAUAAUUUUUUUUUAAGUUUACAUAAUUCUCCUAUUUAAAGCUUGACUCUACUGAUUCUAUACUAGGAUUUCUUAUUCCAGUGUAAUAAUAAAGGAACUUUGAUGUCGUACCAUGCAAUAAUAUUAAACAGUGACUAAAAUAGCCCCCAAAGUGUUAGGGCUCUUCGAUCUUGUUUGUUCUUGUUUGUUUAUUCUUAUUAAUUCCAGUCCAGGCACUGCUCUUGUCUUGUCAUGUAAGUUUCUUUUGUCUUUUUGUGUUUGUAUUGAAUGUGAGUGCUUUGGUGAGCUUGUUUUUGUAGAGGGCAUGCGAUCUUGGGCAACAUCAGAUACCUUGCAAGCCCAGCCCAGUUAAUUUUGUUUCUAAUAUAUAUCUUCCCCCACUGGGUUGUUUUGGUUGCUCUUUUGUUUCUUUCAUCAUGAAUAAAACCCCAUCAUUUAGCACUUGCAUCCUUCCAUCACCAAACCUGACAGGUAACCAUGUAACACCAAUGCGUAAUAUCAUUGUGCCUGCUACACCCAUGGUACAGUAGGAUUCCUUGAUUAUUACACCACAAUAAGAGUAGAGUUUCUACUCUAAGAAAAUAUCAACUUUUAAUUUUCUGUCGGUCUUUGUAAACGACAGAACCCAGCAAGCAUUUUUUUGUUUUUAAACAAUGUCUAAUAGAUGUAUAAUAGACAUCUAAACAUAGUCGUCUUGGCUAAAACAAGGCUAAAUUUGGGCUGUAGACCAAGACGUCUAAGAAUAGGUCGUCAUAGAUGUCUAAGAAUAGGUCAAAACUAGUCAGCAAAUAAGUAGAAAUGAAUAACUACACAUAUAAAGUCUGUCUAAUCUGUCUAUUUGACGACUAGUCUUGUUUUGGGCUAUCUGAUUCGUAUAUUAGAUUUUCACUGACAGCCCAAGUUUAGACUUGUUUUAGCUAAGCUGUCUACAUUUAGAUGUCUGUUUGAUAUCUAUUAAACACAAAAUUGCUUGCUGGGAAUAGUCAAGUUUUAAAUAGGACAAUUAUUGAAACUCUGUUUAGAUGCUAAUGGUCUAAUUCGAUUCAAUGAUUUAUGCUAAGCCAAGCUAAAAGUGCUCACGGCAGAGAUCAGCUAGAUGCAUAAAAAUAAUCGUAAAACAGUUUAACUGUUUGUAAAUGGGUAUAUUUCUGCUAAAAAGUGGAGGUUUUCUUAUUUUUGGUCAUUGUUUACUCAGGAUGAUUGUAACUUUAUGUGCAAAUGAUGAUUUCUGGGUAAUCUUUUCUUUUAAAAUAAUGAAGAUUAUGAGCUUAGACAAUCAUUUUAGUAUCCUUUGAACUGAAACAAAAACUUUUUUGCAGUUAUUUUUGUUCUGACACUUAAUGGAUUGACAUUUAGCCACAGAGAAGAGAAAUCAAAAUACUAAAUCAAGAUCUGAGUCUGCAGCAGGAUCGUUUAUGGAUCCCCUGAGUACAGUUCACAGGCUAAAUGAUGUGCGCUCACAAAAUCCAAAGGCUAAUUUAUAAUGAGGUAAAAGACUUGAGGAAUUAUAAACUCAUCCACCAUAGGGAUGGACAGUGAAAAACCAAACCUUCAUACAGAUCAUUUACUUUCUGAAUGCUCUAUAGGUUCCUGCUAAAACGUUGCAUGAAUUUCAAAAGGCUGCCUCUGUUUGUAUGAAAUAGAGUGCAACAGUUGUGUUCCGGAAGUAAAACUUCGUUUUCUCAAUAGCACAAUCAAUUUUUAAUGAAAAACAGAACUACUUUGAUGUAUAAGGUUGUUAAUCAGUGAUGUAUGGGUUUUUUAAAGCCAUCAUCCCACAAUAUUGCAAUCUGUUUUAACAAUAAGUGUGUUUAACAACAUUAUUCUUGGUGGAAAACUAGAGUCUGCAGAGAAAUCUCCAUUUUAAAAGAGAAAGCGAGGCUGCGGUGGGAAUAAACCCGGAAGUAUUGCCUGGAGUCACACAGGAAUGGCGUCCACGAUGUCAUAUUGUUGUGUACCUGGCUGUAAAUCUUAUCAGCGAAGAGAAAGUGACACAACUUUAUCAUUUCACCACUUUCCGGGUGACCUGAAGGUCCGUUCUGAAUGGAUAAUGAAUGCGUAAUAUCAUUGUGCCUGCUGCAGCCAUGGUACUGCAGGAAAGUUUUUUGAUUAUUAUGCCAGAAUAAGAGUAUAGUUCCUACUCUAAACAAAUAGCGACUUUUAAUUUUCUGUCAGUCGUUGUAAACUUGAUCUUCUGCUUCCGGGUUUCUUCCCAUCACAGCCUUGCUUUUGUGUCUUUAAUGGGGCCACGUGAAAUAAGUGUAAAGCUAUUUAGAGCAGCCAUUUCCCAUGAAGCCCUGCUAAUGAUGUCUCAAUUUCACUCAAACUACUUAUAUUGUAAAUAUAUUUGUGUUUGUAUUGACAGUUGGAAACAAUCAGGAAAUAUAUUGGUAUACAGAAUCUUUAAAGUGAUUGAUAUAAAUAUUUUAUGGCACAUUUAAUCAACAGAAAAUGUUAGAAUAGUUGGUUAAUUGCUGAUAUAGAUAUAAUUGGGAACAUAUAUAAUAUAAUAUAAAACUGCAGUUGCACAUACAUAUUAAAAACACCAGAUAAAUGUAUAAGCAUUAUAUUUUAUUAUUAAUAUUUUAAAACAGUGAUUUAUUUAAUGUUAAGAGAUUAAUUUAUACAGACAAAUUGUUUUAUAUGUAUUUCACAGUGCUUCAUGGGAUAGUUAUUUUCCUUAUUUAAUCCAGAAAACACAGUAUCAGGGGUAACUGAAACCAAAAGUUUCUGAAGACUCCGGCCAAGAUUUUCAGAAUCUUUAGUAACACUCUUUUUGCCUCAUGAUGUCAGCAUGUGCGCCGUUUUCUCCUUUCUGAUUGGUCAAAGUUGCUUUAUUCUGAGGCUUUUUCCACCACCUGUUGAUUUGGCAAGUAUUUGACAGUGCUUUCAGUUUCUUUUAAAACGAAGGCAGGGAAAACUGUUCAUGAAAAUUUGGAACAUUACAUUUGGAAAUGGCCUAAGUUCACAAGUCAAAAAAUUGUUCUGAUGUUUUAAAAUCCUUUUUAAAGCUAGUGAAAUUGUGAUUUACUUUGUGGCUGGAUGGUGAUUUAAAGAUUUAAGUAAACCAAAAAUGUAAAAAUUAGCCCAUGGUUUACUUACAAUGUCUAGUUUGUGGUACUAAAUGCACAAAAAAUUUAUCAAAAGAAGAAGGCCACAGUAUCUUAAUAAAUAUGUGUUAUUUUCUUACAAAAACAAAGUCAGUUUGCUACAGGAGAGCAUUAUUCACCCCCUGAAGCAAUGUGAGGCGCUUAUUAUGGAUAAAUGACAUUUAUUGGACUUGUUUUGGACUGUUACAGAGAAAAAAAACUGUUAGCAUUGUAGAACUGGAAGAUAAAUUCUUUACAUAACUUCUCUUGGAUUCGAUGGAAAAAAGAAAGUCAUAUGUCUUAAGGGUGAGUAAAUGGGGUAUAUGCACAGCUAGUGUUUUUCAGCCAAUGAUAAACUUCCGGUGAAAGCUUAAUGUGACUUUUCAAUUGCGUAAAGUUUCUUUUACAGCAUCAAUGUUGUAAUGUAAUUAAAAUACGUUCAGUUAAAUAGACUUAAACAUUUGUUUAGUUGUUCAAGCGUAAAAUGAGAUGAAAGACUGUGUAUAUGCUAGUUCCAUCAGGAUCAGCAGGUUGAUUGUAGGCCAAUUAUGGGCUAAAUUUAAUUGUUGGGUGAACUAACCCUAGUUUAAUGGCAAAUUACUUUUUAAUUAAUUUCUCUAAAAUCCUUAAUGGCAAAAAUGAGUGGGGAAAAUACCUCAGGAACCAAUGUGAGAUAAAAAAGACACUGUUGCUCUCUAUUCAGCAAAUUUAAUGAUGAUGUAAAAGAAGUGUCAUUUUAUGAAAUGGAUGCCUUGUGAUGUCCUGGUUAGAAAUAUCAGCUGAAUGUAUAUUAAUGUUGUGUUAAAACAUAAAGCUUGUUGGCAGGGUUGACAGUUGCAAAGAUUAUAUAUUAGUGUCAUUUAAUGCUAAUAAUUUUACACAUAUUAUAAUUUCAUAGGUGACUAAGAGCAUUUUUAACUCAUACUGGAUAUAUAUACAGUUGAAUUCAGAAUUAUUAGCCCCCCUGUUUUUUGUUUUUUUUUUUCAAUUUCUGUUUAAUGGAGGGAAGUUUGUUUCAGCCCAUUUCUAAACAUAAUAGUUUUAAUAACUCAUUUCUAUUAACUGAUUUAUUUUAUCUUUGCCAUGAUGACAGUAAAUAAUAUUUGACUACAUAUUUUUCAGGACACUUCUAUACAGCUUAAAGUGACAUUUAAAAGCCUAACUAGGUUAAUUCGGCCCGAUCUCACGAGAAAACGUAAGUAUUUUACGUUUUGUCAGUUUAGUGGCUAAUUCGUACGAAAUUGUACGAUUUUAAAAAGGAGGUGUGGCACCUAACCCCACCCCUAAACCCAGCCGUCAUUGGGGGAUGAGCAAAUCGUACUAAAUUGUACGAAUGAAAUCAAAAAGUUACGAAUUGCCGUGAGAUUGUGUUGGUUAAUUAGGUUAACUAGGCAGGUUAGGGUAAUUAGGCAAGGUAUUGUAUAAUGAUGGUUUGUUCUGUAGACUAUUGAAUAAUAUACAGCUUAAAGGGGCUAAUAACUUUGACCUUAAAAUGGUUUUUAAAAAAUUAAAAACUUUUAUUCUAGCCAAAAUAAAACAAGACUUUCUCCAGAAGAAAAAAUAUUAUCAGACAUACUGUGAAAAUUUCCUAGCUCUGUUAAACAUCAGUUAGAAAAUAUUUUAAAAAGAAAAAAAAUUCAAAGCAAGGGUUAAU